UGUUUAAGAAGUCCCCAGACCUCUCGUUUUAGAAAUAUGGGUGAGUGCAUUUGGGAGAGGGGCAAAAAUGACAUAGAACCUCCUGGGAAAUGAGGUUGCCAGGUGACCAGAGAAAAAUCAUCAUGGCCUGCUUCUGAGCAGUUAGCAUCAGCUUGGUGUGGAGGAAAGACCUGGUGAAGCUUUUCAGGCUGGUUCCUCACCUCUUGGCAAUGAAGCCCCGGCGUCUGUUUAUCGCUGUCAAAGACUUCACAGGAGAAGCCAAGGCCGGCGGGGAGGUGAAAGUCUCCAAGGGCAGCUUACUGAGCCAAGAGGAUGCCCGCUGGACCUCUUCAGACGAGAGCUCCUUGAUGAAGGUCCUAGACACCGAAAAGGUGGUCUGGGUGCCAUUUUGGGCAACUCGGGAGCUCAACGGGGCCCAGUCUGGGCUCCUGGAGGCCGUGACCAACGGAGACGAGCGCCUGGGGCUUUUCAAGCAGGAGCAGCUGAUGCGCAAGCUCUGUUCCCUCCGGAAGGGCGACCCAGUCCGAGUCCAGAUCACCUCUGCCUCUGGGCAGAAGGUCCGAGGCAUCAUCCGAUACCGGGGACCCAUAGACAAGAGCAAGCACGAUACGAGCAUCAUCUUUGGGGUAGAGCUGGUGGGCUCUGCAGCCGGGAUGGGUUUCACGGAUGGCACCUUCAAAGGCCAGAAGUUCUUCUCCUGUGGAGAAAACUGCGGCGUCUUUGUGCCAGUCAGCCGGAUCAAGCCAGAUGACUCGUCCGAGCGCAGCCCUCCAGCACCUCCCAAAGCCAGCAUCCGGGAAUGCCCAAGGAUCCCGCUGGAGUCUGGGGAUCCCUUGUCCUCGCCAAAGCUUGAGAUUGGAGACCGUGUUUUUUUCAAGAUGGAAGACAGCACCCCUGCUGGCACUGUGGUGUAUUGCGACCACCUACCCAGGAAACUCGCGGCUGGAGUUUUUGUGGGAAUACACUUGGAUGAACCAGUUGGAUCCUGGGAUGGUGUCUUCAAAGAACGCCGCCUCUGCUCUAUCCCAUCUCCAGAAUAUGGGAUCCUUCUGCCAAUCCAUAAAGUCUAUAAAGAACAAGCUGAUAGAAUCCCCAAGGCAUUGGCCAACAACUCCCCAUCACCUACCGUGGUCUCAUUUGAGGAUUGUCCAUCCCCAUCGUCCAUCAAGUACCCCCCCGGAAUGGAGGAGUGUUCCCCCAAGGAGCCCCCAAUGUUGUUGCCUUCUCCAGAUUUGGAGGGCUACAAGAAGAAAAUAGAGGAACAUUCUGAAGGGAACAAAAAUGAGGAAGAGGAUGAUGAUGAUGAAGAUGAUGAUGAGGAGAAUGGAGAGCAUGGCUGCCAUCUCCUGGAAAUCAACUCCAUGGUGGAGGUCAAUCUACAGGGUCCCCCACCAAUCUAUGGGGUCAUCCGCUGGAUUGGGGAGCUUCCAGAUGUGGAUGACACCAUUGCUGGGCUGGAGCUGGAGGAACCCCUCUCUUCAGGCUGCACGGACGGGCAAUAUCGAGGGAUCCGAUACUUCCAGUGCCAGCCGAACAAAGCGCUCUUUGUCAGGUUACGGCGCUGUCGGCCCGAUUCCCGCUUUGGCUCUCUUCAGAAUCUGGAGAAUCCCGUUCUGCGGUGCAACUCCCUGGACUUCCACGGGUAUGCCAGUGCUAGAGUGGAAGAGGACACACCACCACCUCUACUGGGUGACCAGGCCAUGGAGCAUCUCUCAGGAUGGAAAAAAGGGAUUCAGGGACACUGCAACUCCUGCUAUCUGGAUGCCACUCUCUUCUGCAUGUUCACGUUCACCUCUGUGUUGGAUUCCAUGCUGCUGCGUCCAGCAGACAAGAACGAUGGGAAAUCUUAUACUGAGACCCGGGACCUGCUGAGAACAGAGAUCGUCAACCCUUUGCGCAAGAAUGGCUAUGUCUGUGCCACCAAAAUCAUGGCCCUGAGGAAAGUUCUGGAAACAGCUGGGCAAUCUUCAGGCUUCACCAGUGAAGAAAAAGAUCCAGAAGAAUUUCUCACACUGCUCUUCCGGGUGCUGAAAAUGGAGCCACUCUUCCAGAUUCGCUCAGCUGGUAAGGACCCCCAUGGCUGCAUUUUCUAUCAGAUCUUCACUGAGGGGCAUCCCACCCGGGUGGUACCCACAGUUCAAGAGCUGCUGGAGGGAUCACUGGUCACGGGGGAUCUCAAGUUCACAGAGGCCCCCUCCUGCCUCAUUCUGCAGAUGCCACGGAAUGGGAAGAACUUCAAGGCGUUCCAUACCAUCCAGCCCAGCCUGGAACUUGACCUCACUGACCUCCUGGAAGACACCCCUCGGGAGUGCUGCAUCUGCCAAGGGCUGGCCGUGACCGAGUGUCCGGAUUGCUACGGGGACGCCCACUUCGGCAUUCGACACAUCAAGCAGUUCUGCAAGAUCUGCAACCAGCAGGUUCACAAGCACCGUGCCCGCCGCAGCCAUCAGCCCCGCCCGUUGCAUCUCCCUGAGGAGAUCGCACGCCUGGGGCCCCUGCCUGACAUCAUCCCCCGCCAGAGCAUGCAGCUCUUUGCCGUCCUCUGCAUCGAGACGAGCCACUACGUCGCAUUUGCCCGUCAUGGUCCCGAUGUCCACCAGUGGCUUUUCUUCGACAGUAUGGCCGACCGCGAGGGUGGCCUGAAUGGUUUCAAUAUUCCUCACGUCACCCCCUGCACCGAGGUAGCAGAUUACCUGGAAAUGUCCCCUAACGAACUCCAGCGCCUGGACCCCAAAUCGCUGCCUCCUUAUGCCCGCCGUCUGCUCUGCGAUGCUUACAUGUGCUUCUACAACAGUCCUUCUCUUGGCCUCUAUAAAUAAGUUCCUGGCUGGGAAAUUCGACAUUCCCAGGAGAAGAAACAAGAAUCGUCGGACUUCUUACCAAGAGGGACCACAAACACUGUGCCUGCUGUGGACACGUCUGGUGAUGAUGUGGGUCUUCAGCAGCAGUAGCAGCCUGGAUAUAUGGCAGCAACCCAACCCAGUGGACUAUCUGGAGACCCGGACUACAGUUACACUGUCCACUUCCCGCUUCUAGUGGAAGCAGCUGUGUAGUCGCCUCUGAUUGGCUUGCAAGAAUCGGGCCCAGAUUGGUUAGUUCUGCAGCCUGGUUAGUUUGGAUGCCUCUGUACAUGGUGCCUAAAGGAGCUUUGCGUUGAGGGUGGCUCAAGUGCUUGCAGUGCCCGAGGGGAGGCAUCAAAUAUAGCUUUGCCCCACAAGCCUGGUGUGGGCCAGCCACCUUUCAAAACUGGCCCUGGCAAAUUUGAAAGCGGCGUGAGGGGUAGGGAGGAGGGAGGGUUGCCAGCAGCCCCCUUUUCUCCCUUUGUGCUUCUUGCAAGCUUUGCCAGGAAUGUGAGGUAAGUCACUCCCUGCAAAGCUUGGAGGGACCAGAUUGGUGCCAAAGAGCUGGCAGCAGCGGGGCUGGGGGAAUCUUAUUGCCCUGCUGGCACCCUAGUAAUCUGCGGCCCUCGGUGACUGCUUUGCCAUGCCGCAUGAAAGGGCCGCCCCUGCAUCUGUCUGGAAGGCUUUCCCACCCAUGCUUUGUAUCCCAGAUAUAUGUAGGUUGGUAGUGACUACUUAUUACUGACAGGGACAGCACUCACCAAUGUUCUACCUUUCUCCAUGUUCCAGAAAUGUUCCAUGUUUCUCCAUGUUUCGCCUGUUCCCAGAUCGAGGGUCACUGACAGAGUCCUUUCCACCUCUUCCAUGUUACUGAAAGGUGGUCUUUACCUGCUGUACAUUUGUAUUUGUUGAUUAUAGAAGGGUCUAUCCUGCAUUGGCUUCCGCAGAUUGGUGUGGUGUUAAACCAGCCACAGUAAUUUCUUUACAGAAAUAAAUAAGAAAUAUUUUCACAGUA